AUGAACCCUUUUUCCCCAAACUCCUCAACCGGGUUUGUUAACCUUCUAGCUUCGCAAAGCAGUCCACCUAUAGACGUAGACUCUGCUGUGCCAGCUGUUAAAUCCGCGGAACGAAGAAAGUGGUCAACAAAAGAAGACAUAGUGUUGAUCAGUGCUUGGUUGAACACCAGCAAGGAUCCCAUAGCGAGUAAUGAACAGAAGUUAGGCAAGUUUUGGAAGAGAAUAGAGGACUAUUUCAAUUCAAGUCCUCAGCUCAUUGGCUCCCUUCCUAGACCGUGGGGUCAAUGUAAGCAGAGGUGGGGAAGGGUUAAUGCGGAGGUCUGCAAGUUUGUAGGAUGCCAUGAAACCGCUCAGAAAGAGCAAGCGAUUGGCCAACAACAAGCUCUCUUCCUUGAUCGUGUCUUAGCAAAAAAUAUUGACACACUAACUGAUCAUGAAGUGGCUCUCAAGAAUAAACUCAUCUCUGAAAUGCUUGAUGUCACGGGUUGGAAGGUUUUUGGUGGUUGCGGUCAGUUGUAG